AUGGUGGGGGCCAAACAGGUGUUAUACAAGUUGGUGGUGCUCGGUGACGGAGGCGUGGGGAAGACUGCCUUGACCAUCCAGCUCUGCUUGGAGCACUUCGUUGAAACUUAUGAUCCCACUAUCGAGGACUCCUACAGGAAACAGGUCGUCAUUGACGGCCAAGCAUGCAUGCUAGAGGUUCUGGACACAGCAGGACAAGAAGAGUACACGGCACUACGAGACCAGUGGAUCCGAGAUGGCGAGGGCUUCGUGCUAGUAUACAGCAUCUCAUCGCGCUCAUCCUUCUCGCGUAUCAAGAAGUUUCACCACCAGAUUCAAAGAGUCAAGGAGUCGACAUCGUCACCGUCAGCGUACCCAGGAUCAUCACCUCUCGCCGCUACCAACCCGUCCGCGCCUGUGCCGAUCAUGCUAGUGGGCAACAAGAGCGACCGCGUCACGGAGCGCGAAGUCUCUACACAAGAAGGACACGCUUUGGCACGAGAGCUUGGCUGCGAGUUCACCGAGGCGUCGGCAAAGACACGCACAAAUGUUGAAAAGGCUUUCUACGACGUCGUCAAGCAGCUGCGAAAACAGCGACAGCAAGGACAAGCAGCACCGCGCAUGCUGCCACCAUCAGGGAACAGCAAGAGCGAAAAGUAUAGCGGGACAGAAAAGCCCAAGCGUCCCCGUGGAAAGUGUUUGAUUCUAUGA